UUGGUUUUUUUCACGGCUGAUGAAAUAAAAGAUGAAACAUGUGAUUGUCAGAGGAGAGCUGACGAGUGGGUCAGACAGAGACAGACGGUCUACCUGGUCAUGGAUCUCCUGCUGAUGCUGUUGCUGUUGCUGUGGAGCUCAGGACUCCAGGCUGAAGAUGAACACCAAUCAACAGAGCCUGUCAGGUUGGUAGGAGGAGCCAGUCGCUGUGCAGGUACACUGGAGCUGAAAUAUGGAGAGUGGAGACCAGUGAGUUACGAUGUCUUUCGCGGGACCCUGAAGUCAGCAGCUGUUGCCUGCAGAAAAUUGGACUGUGGCUCUGCUGUUUCAACAGGAAGCAGAAAGGAGUCCUCAGACAGACUUGCAUGGUUGAUCGACUCUGACUGUCUUCAGUCUGGAUCUGCACUGAGGGAUUGUGUAUCAUCACCACCAUUUCCCUCUUCCUCCAUGUUGGAGCUCACCUGCUCAGACUCUGUCAGGCUGCUGAAUGGGACUAGUCUGUGUUCAGGCAGACUGGAGGUGAAGUCUGAGCAGUCGUGGUCCUCAGUGUGUGAAGCUGACUUUGACCAGCAGGAUGCAGAGGUGGUCUGUAGGGAGCUUGGCUGUGGGGCUCCUUCAGUCCUCCAGGGGGCGCUCUAUGGAGAAGUGGAGGCUCCAAUGUGGACCAAAGAGUUCCAGUGUGGAGGCCAUGAGUCUGCUCUCCUGGACUGUAGAAGAUCAGACUCAGCUAGAAGAACUUGCUCACCUGGUAAAGCUGUUGGACUCACCUGCUCAGAGCCUGUCAGGUUGGUGGGAGGAGCCAGUCGCUGUGCAGGUACACUGGAGGUGAAACAGGGAGAGUGGAGACCAGUGAGUUACUCUGACUCUUCCUGGACCCUGAAGGAAGCAGCUGUUGCCUGCAGAGAAUUGGACUGUGGCUCUGCUGUUUCAACAGGAAGCAGAAAUGAGUCCUCAGACAGACCUGUAUGGGAGAUCAGACCUCACUCUCUUCAGUCUGGAUCUGCACUGAGGGACUGUGUAUCAUCAGAGUCCUCUUCCUCCAUGGUGGAGCUCACCUGCUCAGACUCUGUCAGGCUGGUGAAUGGGGCUAGUCUGUGUUCAGGCAGACUGGAGGUGAAGUCUGAGCAGUCGUGGUCCUCAGUGUGUGAAGCUGACUUUGACCAGCAGGAUGCAGAGGUGGUCUGUAGGGAGCUUGGCUGUGGGGCUCCUUCAGUCCUCCAGGGGGCGCUCUAUGGAGAAGUGGAGGCUCCAAUGUGGACCAAAGAGUUCCAGUGUGGAGGCCAUGAGUCUGCUCUCCUGGACUGUAGAAGAUCAGACUCAGCUAGAAGAACUUGCUCACCUGGUAAAGCUGUUGGACUCACCUGCUCACAAGAGACUGUCAGGUUGGUGGGAGGAGCCAGUCGCUGUGCAGGUACACUGGAGGUGAAAUAUGGAGAGUGGAGACCAGUGGGUGACUAUCAAUGGACCCUGAAGGAAGCAGCUGUUGUCUGCAGAGAAUUGGACUGUGGCUCUGCUGUUUCAACAGGAAGCAGAGAUGAGUCCUCAGACAGACCUGUAUGGUUGAUCCACCCUGACUGUCUUCAGUCUGGAUUUGCACUGAGGGAAUGUUUAUCAUCAUCACCAUUUCCCUCUUCCUCCAUGUUGGAGCUCACCUGCUCAGACUCUGUCAGGCUGGUGAAUGGGACUAGUCUGUGUUCAGGCAGACUGGAGGUGAAGUCUGAGCAGUCGUGGUCCUCAGUGUGUGAAGCUGACUUUGACCAGCAGGAUGCAGAGGUGGUCUGUAGGGAGCUUGGCUGUGGGGCUCCUUCAGUCCUCCAGGGGGCGCUCUAUGGAGAAGUGGAGGCUCCAAUGUGGACCAAAGAGUUCCAGUGUGGAGGCCAUGAGUCUGCUCUUCUGGACUGUAGAAGAUCUGACUCAGCUAGAAGAACCUGCUCACCUGGUAAAGCUGUUGGACUCACCUGCUCACAAGAGACUGUCAGGUUGGUGGGAGGAGCCAGUCGAUGUGCAGGUACACUGGAGGUGAAACUGGGAGAGUGGAGACCAGUGAGUGACGAUGGCUUUUUGUCUGACUGGACCCUGAAGGAAGCAGCUGUUGUCUGCAGAGAAUUGGACUGUGGCUCUGCUGUUUCAACAGGAAACAGAAACACGUCAGACAGACCUGUAUGGAGGAUCAGCUCUGACUGUCUUCAGGCUGGAUCUGCACUGAAGGACUGUGUAUCAUCAGGUUCCUCUUCCUCCAUGUUUGAGCUCACCUGCUCAGACUCUGUCAGGCUGGUGAAUGGGACUAGUCUGUGUUCAGGCAGACUGGAGGUGAAGUCUGAGCAGUCGUGGUCCUCAGUGUGUGAAGCUGACUUUGACCAGCAGGAUGCAGAGGUGGUCUGUAGGGAGCUUGGCUGUGGGGCUCCUUCAGUCCUCCAGGGGGCGCUCUAUGGAGAAGUGGAGGCUCCAAUGUGGACCAAAGAGUUCCAGUGUGGAGGCCAUGAGUCUGCUCUCCUGGACUGUAGAAGAUCAGACUCAGCUAGAAGAACCUGCUCACCUGGUAAAGCUGUUGGACUCACCUGCUCAGAGCCUGUCAGGUUGGUGGGAGGAGCCAGUCGCUGUGCAGGUACACUGGAGCUGAAACGGGGAGAGUGGAGACCAGUGAAAUACUCUUACUGGACGAUGAAAGAAGCAGCUGUUGCCUGCAGAGAAUUGGACUGUGGCUCUGCUGUUUCAACAGGAAGCAGAGAUGAGUCCUCAGACAGACCUUUAUGGUUCAUCAGACCUGACUGUCUUCAGUCUGGAUCUGCACUGAGGGAAUGUGCAUUAUUACUUCCCUUCUCCUCCUCCAUGGUGGAGCUCACCUGCUCAGACCUGCUGCUUCAGCCAAUCAUCUCUGUGUCUCCUACCAUGGACGGGGUCACCGGGGCCCAGCAGCAGGGGUUUCAGGUUCUCCAGGGCUCCAAUUUCACCAUCAGCUGCUCCGUCCAGCCUCAGUACCCAGGAGGCUCCUUCCAGCUCACCUUCACCUCCUCCAACACAGCAUACAACUACACCCAGCCAGCUGUCAGUCACUCCGCUGACUUCCUGUUUCCUGCUGCAGACCCCACCCACCAAGGAAGCUAUAGCUGUGUUUAUGGCGUCUUUGUUUUUUCUCAUAACUUCUCCUCUGAGAGCCGUCUGCUCUCUGUCACUGUCACAGAUCCAAAAGGUUUUAUCAUCAGACUGGUCGUCGUCCUGCUGGUGGCUCUGCUGCUGUCUAACACUGCCGUCUAUUUCAUCCUGAAGGCCAGCAGGGGGCAGAAGUCAGACCCACAGGAAAACAUUGAGCUGGAUUAUUAUAACCUGGGUGUUUCCAGAGCUGAAGGAGAACCGACUGGAGAGGAAGGAGAGCCGGCUGGAGAGGAAGGAGAGCCGGCUGGAGAGGAAGGAGAGCCGACUGGAGAGGAAGGAGAGCCGGCUGGAGAGGAAGGAGCUCGGGGAGCAGAGUAGGACCUCCGAGGAGCCACACAAACCCUCUGAAGAAGAAAAUCACGUUUGGUUUCAUCUCUCCUCUCAGUCUGACAGGUUUUUGCAGCUCAGCACGGCGAGGAAUGACGUCCAUAUUGAUCGAUUCCACAGCUUCUGAUUUCCAUCCAGCACCAACGCUCAGUGCCAAAACAGGAAGUAGUAAGACCUUAAAACCACUAGAAGAAGAGCAGAGAGGAGAUCUGAUUGGACCAUUUGUAACAUAAUUAUCUGUAUAUAAUUAUAGUUUGACAGAAUAUUAAUCGCUUGUGUGAACAGCUUUAACAUUUUUACUUAACCCUUUA